GUUCAAGACAAGGCGCUCUACUGCAAGACCUGCUUCUACGAGAAGUUUGGUGAGAAAUGCAAGGCAUGUGGCAAAGUCAUCAUGGGCACCAUGGUGUCUUGUUCCCUUGGCAAGCUGCACUUGGAGUGUCUGAUCUGCAGCACCUGCCAGAAGUCCAUCGGCAAGGCAUCUUUCUCGACCUCAGAUGGUGUCAUCCGCUGUCAGGCCUGCGUCGCCGCGGCUGAGGCCGCUGCGGCUGAGGCCGCUGCGCCCGAGAGGCGGGCCAAGGGAGCCCUGGCAAGCGCAGGCUCGGCGAUCGCAGGCCCCAAGGCGAAAGCCAAGACGAAGGCCAAGGCGAAGCCAGCAGCGGCCAAAGUCUCCAUGAGCAAGGCGAAGGACACUUCCCUUGGCUUGGCGAUGGAUUAUGCCUCUCUAGGAUGA